AGGUUAUAUAAAAGAUGUAUGCUUCGGAGCCCAGCGCGGCCCUUUUAAUGAGGGUUGCGCCGGCUCCCUCCCCACACCCAUAAACCAGCCGGGUUGGACGUCACCGCUAAUUCGUUUCGGCGAUGAUAGGAUAAAGGAGGGACAUUAAGAAAUAAAUUCCCCCUCACGACCCUCGCUGAGCUCACGGCCGGGUCCCUACAUAUUUAUGCCGCGUUCCCAGCCGCCGGGCGGGCGCGGAGCGACUUAGCGCCGCGGCUCGGGCUCCUCGGAGGGGGCGGCCAGGCGGCGGCGAGCGGCGGCCGCGCGGAGCGGGUUUGGGAGUCUCGGGUCGAACCCACGUCACCCGGGCUGGCGUCUCCCUCUAACAUGCCCCACCCUGGGCCCAGCUAGACGCACCUGCCCCCACCUCCACAGACCCUUCUUCUCCCCGCCCCCCCACUCGCCGUCUCCCCUGGCCUGGCACUCGCGGACGCAACCCAGCUCCCCCUGACGUCUGCCGCAGCUGGCAACACCUCCUCCCAGAGCCGGGCCGGGCCGCGGCGGGCGCAGGACGUCAUGAGCGGGUGACGCCGGCCGACAGACGUCAGCGAGACUCCGAGACUCCAGUGCCGUCCGUCCGUGCCCGUCGUCUCUGCCCCGAGCCCGCCAAGUGCCAGGGAGGCCCCGGGCCCCGGGGGGCGCCAUGGAGAACCCCGGCCUCAGCGUGCAGCAGAUCCAGCCCAAUGUCAUCUCCGUCCGCCUGUUCAAGCGCCGGGUGGGCGGCCUGGGCUUCCUGGUGAAGGAGCGCGUGAGCAAGCCGCCCGUGAUCAUCUCGGACCUGAUCCGCGGGGGCGCGGCCGAGCAGAGCGGCCUGGUGCAGGCCGGGGACAUCAUCCUGGCGGCCAACGGGCAGCCGCUGGUGGACCUGAGCUACGACAGCGCCCUGGAGGUGCUCCGCGGCAUCGCCUCCGAGACCCACGCGGUGCUCAUCCUGCGGGGCCCCGAGGGCUUCACCACGCACCUGGAGACCACCUUCACGGGCGACGGGACCCCCAAGACCAUCCGCGUGACCAGGCCCCUGGGCCCCGCCCCCGCCGCGGCCAUCGACCUGUCCUCGCCGCCCGCGGCCGGCACGGAGCAGCCCCUGGCCGGGGACGGGCAGGAAGCCGGGCCCCCGCCCCACGCCAACGGCCUGGCCGCCAGGCCUGCGGGCCAGGACCCUGCCCAGGCCGGGGCCCAGGGGGCCGUCCAGGGCGGCGGGGGGGACAACGAGCUGCUGACGGAGAUCCUGCCCGUGCUGAGCCUGCUCGCCGGCGGGGACAGCCAGGAGCGGCCGCCCGCCACGGCAGAGACCAGGGACGCAGAAGUCCAGGUGGACAGGGACCUGGACAGCAAGGCCCACAGGGCCCUGCCCCUCAGCGUGGACAACGACCGAGUCUUCAACGACCUCUGGGGAAAGGACAGCGUGCCGGUGGUGCUCAACAACCCGUACUCGGAGAAGGAGCAGCCCCCCGCCUCGGGGAAGCACUCCCCCACCAAGAAUGGCAGCCCCACCAAAUGCCCCCGCUUCCUCAAGGUCAAGAACUGGGAGACGGACGUGGUCCUCACCGACACCCUGCACCUGAAAAGCACAGUGGAGACGGGCUGCAGUGAGCACAUCUGCAUGGGCUCGGUCAUGCUGCCGUCCCAGCACGUCCGCCGGCCCGAAGACGUCCGCACCAAAGCACAGCUCUUCCCCCUGGCCAAGGAGUUCAUCGACCAGUACUACUCGUCCAUUAAGAGGUUUGGCUCCAAGGCCCACAUGGAGAGGCUGGAGGAGGUGAACAAGGAGAUCCACGCCACCAGCACCUACCAGCUGAAGGACACGGAGCUCAUCUACGGAGCCAAGCACGCCUGGCGGAAUGCCGCCCGCUGCGUGGGCAGGAUCCAGUGGUCCAAGCUGCAGGUGUUCGAUGCCCGUGACUGCACCACGGCCCACGGCAUGUUCAACUACAUCUGCAACCACAUCAAGUACGCCACCAACAAAGGGAACCUCAGGUCUGCCAUCACCAUCUUCCCCCAGAGGACUGACGGCAAGCAUGACUUCCGUGUCUGGAACUCCCAGCUCAUCCGCUACGCCGGCUACAAGCAGCCCGACAGCUCCAUCCUGGGGGACCCGGCCAGUGUGGAGCUCACUGAGAUCUGCAUGCAGCAAGGCUGGAAACCACCACGCGGCCGCUUUGACGUCCUGCCGCUCCUGCUCCAGGCCAACGGCAACGACCCCGAGCUCUUCCAGAUCCCGCCAGAGCUGGUGCUGGAAGUGCCCAUCCGGCACCCCAAAUUCGACUGGUUCCAGGAGCUUGGCCUGAAGUGGUACGGGCUCCCCGCCGUGUCCAACAUGCUGCUGGAGAUCGGCGGCCUGGAGUUCAGCGCCUGCCCGUUCAGCGGCUGGUACAUGGGCACGGAGAUCGGCGUGCGGGACUACUGCGACAGCUCCCGCUACAACAUCCUGGAGGAAGUGGCCAAGAAGAUGAACCUGGACAUGAGGAAGACGUCGUCGCUGUGGAAGGACCAGGCGCUGGUGGAGAUCAACAUCGCUGUUCUCUACAGCUUCCAGAGCGACAAAGUGACCAUCGUGGACCACCACUCGGCCACCGAGUCCUUCAUCAAACACAUGGAGAACGAGUACCGCUGCCGGGGGGGCUGCCCGGCCGACUGGGUGUGGAUCGUGCCCCCCAUGUCCGGCAGCAUCACCCCCGUCUUCCACCAGGAGAUGCUCAACUACCGGCUCACGCCCUCCUUCGAGUACCAGCCUGACCCUUGGAACACCCACGUCUGGAAAGGCACCAACGGGACCCCCACCAAAAGGCGCGCCAUCGGCUUUAAGAAGCUGGCGGAAGCCGUCAAGUUCUCGGCCAAACUGAUGGGACAGGCGAUGGCCAAGCGGGUCAAGGCCACCAUCCUUUACGCCACGGAGACGGGCAAGUCGCAGGCCUAUGCCAAGACUUUGUGUGAGAUCUUCAAACACGCCUUCGAUGCCAAGGUCAUGUCCAUGGAGGAGUAUGACAUCGUGCACCUGGAACACGAGACGCUGGUCCUGGUGGUCACCAGCACCUUUGGCAAUGGAGACCCCCCGGAGAAUGGGGAGAAAUUCGGCUGCGCUCUGAUGGAGAUGAGACACCCCAACUCCGUGCAUGAGGAGAGGAAGAACCCGGAACCCUUGCAUUUCUUUCCCCGUCAAGGCCCUGCCCUCCCGCGAGGCGACCCGGGAGCCCGGGGUCUGGCCCUAGCCCGGGACCGCCAGCACAGGAGCUACAAGGUCCGCUUCAACAGUGUGUCCUCAUACUCCGACUCCCGGAAGUCGUCAGGCGACGGGGCCGAGCUCAGAGACAACUUUGAGAGCACCGGGCCGCUGGCCAACGUGAGGUUCUCCGUGUUCGGCCUGGGCUCCAGGGCCUACCCUCACUUCUGCGCCUUCGGCCACGCCGUGGACACGCUGCUGGAGGAGCUGGGCGGGGAGCGGAUCCUGAAGAUGCGGGAGGGCGACGAGCUGUGUGGGCAGGAGGAGGCCUUCAGGACCUGGGCCAAGAAGGUCUUCAAGGCAGCCUGUGAUGUGUUCUGUGUGGGCGACGAUGUGAACAUCGAGAAAGCCAACAACUCUCUCAUCAGCAAUGACCGCAGCUGGAAGAGAAACAAGUUCCGCCUCACCUAUGUGGCUGAAGCUCCGGAGCUGACCCAAGGUCUGUCCGGCGUCCACAAGAAGCGGGUCUCAGCGGCGCGAGUGCUCAGCCGUCAGAACCUCCAGAGUGCCCAGUCCAGCCGCUCCACCAUCUUCGUGCGCCUCCACACCAACGGGAACCCCGAGCUGCAGUACCAGCCCGGCGACCACCUGGGCGUCUUCCCGGGCAACCACGACGACCUGGUGUCCGCCCUCAUCGCGCGGCUGGAGGACGCGCCGCCGCCCGACCAGGUGCUGAAGGUGGAGCUUCUGGAGGAGCGGAACACGGCGCUGGGAGUCAUCAGCAACUGGACCGACGAGGCCCGCCUCCCGCCCUGCACCAUCUUCCAGGCCUUCAAGUACUACCUGGACAUCACCACGCCCCCCACGCCGCUGCAGCUGCAGCAGUUCGCCUCCCUGGCCACCAGCGAGAGCGAGAAGCAGCGGCUGCUGGUCCUCAGCAAGGGCCUGCAGGAGUACGAGGAGUGGAAGUGGGGCAAGAACCCCACGGUGGUGGAGGCGCUGGAGGAGUUCCCGUCCGUGCAGAUGCCCGCCACGCUGCUGCUCACGCAGCUGUCCCUGCUGCAGCCCCGCUACUACUCCAUCAGCUCGUCCCCGGACAUGUACCCCGACGAGGUGCACCUCACCGUGGCCGUGCUCUCCUACCGCACCCGAGACGGACAAGGCCCUGUCCACCAUGGCGUGUGCUCCUCCUGGCUCAAUCGCAUCCCGCCCGGCGAGAGCGUGCCCUGCUUCGUGCGCGGGGCGCCCAGCUUCCGCCUGCCCCGGAACCCCCACGCGCCCUGCUUCCUGGUGGGCCCCGGCACCGGCGUCGCCCCGUUCCGGAGUUUCUGGCAGCAGCGACAGUUUGACAUCCAGCACAAAGGCCUGAGCCCCUGCCCCAUGGUCCUGGUCUUCGGGUGCCGGCAGUCCGAGAUGGACCACAUCUACAAGGAGGAGGCCCUGCAGGCCAAGGGCAAGGGCGUCUUCCGAGAGCUGUACACCGCCUACUCCCGGGAGCCCGACAGGCCCAAGAAAUACGUGCAGGACAUCCUGCAGGAGCAGCUGGCGGAGCCCGUGUACCGCGCACUCAAGGAGCAGGGCGGCCACAUCUACGUGUGCGGGGACGUCACCAUGGCCGCCGACGUGCUCAAGGCCGUGCAGCGCAUCCUGGCCCAGCAGGGCCGGCUCUCGGCCGAGGACGCGGGCGUGUUUGUCAGCCGCCUGCGGGAUGACAACCGAUACCACGAGGAUAUUUUCGGGGUCACCCUGCGGACGUACGAGGUGACCAACCGCCUUAGAUCCGAAUCCAUUGCCUUCAUCGAGGAGAGCAAAAAGGACAUGGACGAGGUGUUCAGUUCCUAACUGGACCCUCCGCGGCAGAGCUGGGAGGCAGCCCCACGCCGAGAGGACUGUGCGGGUUUUGUAAGCGCGGACGCUACUGGACCUUUCCUCGGGGCCCCCUGGGGACCCCGCUCUGCCUCUCCUCCCGCCGUCGCUGUGCCCCCCGGUUGUCCUGCUGCCCUGCCCCCACCCCGGCUUCUCCUGAGUCGCUGCAGUGCCGCUGCCGCCGCCCUCAGCUCAGCAGUGACCGCCGGCCGCGUCCCUCGCUUCCCGCCAGCCAGACUCGUCACGCGGACAGCUGGGGGGGGGGGGAAUGCCCGGUCCGGGCUCCCCUGCAGGGCCCGCGUGUCCAGCCGCCCCACUGAGGCUCUCUCCCGCGUCUGCCCACGCCGUGUGCCUGCGUGCGCGCCCCCGGGUCCCGUCCAUCGUCCCUGGGCACCGAGCCGCGUGUCCCCCACUGGUCUGCGUGUCCCCCACCUCGCCGGGGUCUGUGUGCCGUGUCCCCACGGUGCUCAGGCGCUCCCUGGCUGUCUGGGUCACGAGGGUCAGGCCCUGGCUGAGCGUGACAGCUGGGGAAAGGGGGGGGGGAAGGUGACCGCAAGCCAAGCCUGGGACAGGUGUCCCCCCCCCCGGGAGGGACCGACGGAGCCUCUGCCCACGGUGGCCCUCGCCCUGAGGACCUUCCCCUGCCCUGUCACUGUGCGACUCUGGACCGUGCCUUGUCAGUGUCCCCUCGUGGUCCUGUCACACGCUGGAGCUGGGUUGAGUGUUGCCGUCCUGGCGUCUGGAGACCGUGUCCAGCCAGGCUGUGGCUCUGAGCCACCCUCCCGGCCCCCUCCAGAGGGGCCGUCUCCUGCGGGGCCAGGGGGUCCUGAUGGAAGCUCAGGGGUCCGGGAAGGAUGAGGGGAGCCCCCCACUGAGCCCCGCCCUCGGUAGGGUCAGAAGCUUCUGAAAGGCGACCCCCCCCCACACACACACCCCAAAUUGUCAACCUGAUCAGAUAAUUGUGACAGCUAAGUCAUCCCCGGCUCCUCGGACUCGGAGCACCCGUUACAGGGCCUGGGAGCAUCCCCUGACUCUCUUUAGCGCCACACCCUGAGGGCCACGUCCACCACCCCCACGGGCCCUGCUCGCCGGGUCCUACUCAAAGGCCGGGUUCCCUGGGACACCCCACUGCGCAUCUCCCUUUCUUGCUUGAGGCCCCGCCAGAGAGAAAGACGGGAAGGCCACCCGGGGGCUCGCCUGGAGGGACCCCCAGGACAAAGGGCAGACUCCAGCCCACCUGCCUGCACUGCACCCUCCUGGGGGUGCCGGCCCACGCCCCGUGCCCCCGUGGCUGUGCGCCAGCUGUGAGCUCCCUGGCCAGGCCCCCCGCCAGGGAGCUGCCGCUCUGCAUGCCCACCCGCUCCCGGCAGCCUUCCCCGGGCACCGUGGCACACGCUCCUCUCCUGGGCACGUGCUCUCCGACCCUAGGCGCCCUUGGAGAAGGCCCCGGCCCGGCCCCAGAUGUCACAGGCAUCCCAGGGGUUCAUGUAAGAGAAGGCGAGGGCCAAGCAGGAAAGCUCUCCAGACACGCCCGCCCACCCACUAAGCAGCCAAGGGGGUCUUUGAUGGGGGAGUCCGAAGAAAUGUGUCGGGAGAGAACCAGGAUUCCCCAGCGCCCCACACAGCUGCUUCGGAAAUCCGGGCUCUCAGAGCCGGGACAGUGGCCGUCCCCGGGGGAGGGGGGCGGGGGGGGGCUCCUCAUCCUGGCCAGGCAGGCUCCAGACUUCAGGGUCCGCUGGGUACCACGCGGGUAGCUGCUGCCCUCUGGUGGUCGUCUUGCAUUCAGACCCAGGAGCCGAGGGGAUUGGGCUGUGGGCGGUGAGGAGGGUCCCCCUCUCGUCCCUACUCCCCCCCCACCAAGGAGCCAGCGGAAGCGCCCCUCCCCGCCCCGUCUGACCAAAGGGGGCCUGGCUGGCAGGAGCACACCCCUCCCAGAAGGUUCUGGAAAGCACAGCCCCACCUUGGGUUUCAGAGGAAGCAACAGCAGCCCCUGUUGGGUUGGGGGUGGGGGGGUUAAGGGUUCCCAGGGUUGCUGCGGCCCCACCCCAGCAGCCCCCCAGCUGGAUGCGCCCACACCGCCAGGAGGACCCCAGAGAGGCCCCCUUGCAGGCUUGUUCCGCUGUCCCUUCCGGGCUUCUCCCGCUCUGCGGGACACAGAAGGACAGAGGCACCCUCCUGUCUUCUGGAAGCUUCUGAGCAGGCCAUGGAGACCACCCCCACGCACCCGGGGUUUGAGGAAGGGUCAGGGGGACCCCUACACACACACAUGCACACGCACACACGCACACACACACGCAGCAGCAGAUCUAAGACAGGCUGCCACGGAGAAGCAGGGCAGGCAGAGUGGGGCGCCAAGUCCCCGCAGCCCAGCCUUGGAGAGAUCUGGGGUUGUGGGGAGACGGAGAGGGGGGGAGGUGGGCGGGCACAGGUACAGGAGAUGCAGGGUCACGGAGGUGGGGAGAGGGUGGGCAUAGGCAUUUCUCUCCACCAGGAAGUUGAGUGGUUCGAGCUGUGCUUGGGGAAGCGGGUGUGGGUGGGGAACGAUCACCCAGGCCUGACGCACUGAUAAGGCCUGCAGGGAUGGCCGUGGCUGGACCUGCAGGGCGGAGAGAGCUCUGCAUUCUUGCCCAAGGCUGAGGAGGGGACCCCCAGGGUGGGAGUGCAGCACCCGGCCAGGCCGGACCCUUCCAUCUGUGCUGACCGCAGACUGACACUGAGGAGCCCCCCUCCCCCCGGCCCACUGUCUGCCCAGGGGCCCGGCCCCUCCCCGCUGGCCCUCCCAGCCCUCCACGGGCAUCUGCGUGGCUCAGAGGUGAAGGGCAGGCCCGGGGAGCGGGGGACGUUCGAGCGACUGGGUCACCCCAUUUGCCCCCUCCCCAAGCUUCACUGGAACCUGCCAGCGGGGCUUUGGAAGCUGGUGCCCCCCCCGUGGCCCCCAGCCCCGUCCACCCGCCCCGUGUCUGCGGCCUGGACUCAGGACCAAGUCAGCCUCGUGUCCCCCGAGACCCCCCAGGGCAGGAGUCAUCACCGCUCCUGCCUGCGUGGAUAUUGCCCCCACCCACCCCAGGCUUCCCAAAGAAGACAGGAUGACCGCACCCCGCAUGGGGGGGGUCUCAGCUCCUGAAGACCCUGUGAGGGCUCUGGGCGGGAGGGCGCCUGCCCUUGCAGCUGCAGAAUCCCCCAGGGCGCUGCUGUGCUGGGGACCCUGCCCUCCCACUGCUGUCCGCCACGCAGGGGCCCCGCAGGGGGCAGAGGGGACCCAGGCCUCCGCCCCGCCACCGACUGAGUCAGGAGCAUGGGCUCGUUUCUGCGGCCAAGCAUCUCCCGACAGAGGAUGAUGGAGCUGACAGGGAGAGGCUCCUGGUCAAGACCCCCCCAUUCCCCACCUAGGGCUCACGAGCAGCGUCUAAGGGCCCUCCAUGCACACGCAUGCACACACACAUGCACAUGCGCACACAAGCACAUACAUGCACGUGUGUGCGCACACAUGCUCACACAUACAUGUGCAUACAUGCACACGUGCACACAGACAUAUACACGCAUGCAUACACAUAUAUUCACACAUACAUACACACACGCACAUAUACACACAUACAUGUACACACAUGUGUGAGCACACACAUACGUACACACAUACAUGUGUGCACACAUAUAAACACGUGCACACACACACGUAUACACACACACACACACACACACACACCAUUCCCCCCGUCGUGUUGUCACCAUGAUUGUUAAGUCCCCACUCUGGGCUCAGCCAUGGUUUUCCAGAACGUUCUGGGCUACCCCCAUGGGCUUCCAUCCUGAGACCGGGGUGGGCGCAGCAGUGACCUCACCCCCCACGUGCUGUUGGACUCGCGGAGCCCCCGCUUCUGAGCUCGAAGCUGCUAGUCUCCGCCCUCCCGCCCCCUCCCCGUGUCCUGUGCGCCCCAGCCCCAUCCUCGGGGGCUGCCACCGCCGCCGCCGCCCCUCGCCCGGCGAGGUUGUCCGGGCCGAGCUCGCCGCAUGCUCCUCUGUAUCGCGCUCACCUCCGACUCGGACAGCGUCUCGUCUCCUCCCGCCCGCCGUGUGCAUCCUGGAAACAAUAUUAAAACGUGGGCU